AUGCCUCAAAUACGUGCCACUAAAAUCAGACUAGCCAACAUCUUUGGCUUCGCGACAUCGAGAUACUUCUGCCUCGUGAAUAACCCAGACCUCCAGGCCCUCCGCUCCACCGUCGACCAGCGCCUGUACAACAUCCGAAACUGCCUGGACAUCGACGGCCGGCCCAUGCCGCUGGCGCUGUGGGAGCCGUCCAUGGACCCGGGGCAGCUGGUGGCGGCCGCAGCAUCGGGCCUCAGCCUGUCCAGUGCGCUCAGCGAUCUGAACGCCAGCCUGCCCAACUACCGGUUCGCCUGGCUGCUGGGUCGCGCGCUCGAGGCUACGGCCAAGCUCAAGGGGCUCGAGUCGACGUUCCUGUCCGUCAAGGAGAAGAGGGACGGUGAGGCUCUCCAGCUCCUCCGGGUGGGGCACGAGAUCACGAUGAACAACAUGGUUAUGGAGCUGAAGAAGAGCUUGCUUGAGGAGGCCGAGAGGUCACUGGCGGCCUUGCAUGCCAGCCAGGAGUCAUCGAAACACCGCUUCGACUUCUACUCGCGCCUGGCAGGCAUGGAAGCCAAUGCUCUGAGCAGCGGCACGAACCCCUUCAGAGUGAAGGCGAUUGAAGUCGACAGCCCCAACAGCGGGAGCGAUGUUCACAUCAACUCGCUUGAGACCCAGUCUGAGGUGUUGGCAGCCGUGGCGCAGUCGUAUACCGAAAGCGCGGCCAGCAUUGAGAUCAUGGCGAGCAUCCUGGCCAUGCUGCCCCAGAUCACACCCCAUACCGAACCCAUGGGGUGCGGAGUCGAACUGGUUUGGGGGCCUUCGAAUUUGCUCAACGCCCAGCAGGCCUUCGCGCGGCUGGACCAAAUGAACGCCGGCUUGGCCAACUUCAAGUCUUCCCAGGCGUCAAGAAAGGCCAGCUAUGUGAAGCAGUAUCAGGAACGCCUCCACCAAAUGAACCUCGCCGGGCUCGAAUUCGAGCACAUCAACACGCAGAUCGCAGCCCAGGAAACACACGUCCAGACGGCCAACCAGGACAUGGCCAACCAGCAGAAGCUCAUCGAUAACGCCGACGAGGUCGGCGAGUUCCUGGAGAGCAAGUACACCAACGACGAGCUGUACGCCUGGCUAGAGGGCAGCAUGCGCACGUCAAUGUACCAAACGUAUCUCCUCGCCUACGACCUCGCCAAGAAGGCCGAGCAGGCCUUCCGCUUCGAGCGGCGGCCCACCGCGGCCCAGCGGGCGCUCGACUUCAUCUCCUUCGGCUACUUCAACCCGGCCCGCGACGGCCUGCAGGCCAGCGGCCAGCUGUACCUGGCGCUGAAGCAGAUGGACGUCGCGUACGAGGACAGCCGGGGCCACGACUAUGAGAUGGCGAAGUCCGUCUCCCUGAGGCAGCUCAACCCCUACGCGCUCGUCGCCCUGCGGGAGACAGGAACCUGCACCUUCGACAUGCCCGAGUUGGCCUUCGACAUGGAUUUCCCGGGGCACUUCUUCCGCCGGAUCAAGACCGUCUCCGUGACGGUCCCCUGCGUGGUGGGGCCCUACGUCGGCAGGACAUCCGGCGGGGCCAUGGACCCGCGCUUCCGCACCGCGCUCGUCCUUGUCAACGCGGUGGCCGUCGGGUCCGGCCAGAACGACUCGGGCGCGUUCGAGCUCAACAUCCGCGACGAGCGCUACUUGCCCUUCGAAGGCGCCGGCGCCGUGUCGACCCGGCAGAUGACCCUCCCGCCCGUCGAUUUCCGUCCGUUCGACUACUCGUCCAUCGCCGACGUGGUGUCCACCGUCGAGGACAAGAGCAAAGAGUCAGGCCUACUAGCGCUGUGGGAUGUGAGGGUCGAGUUUGCGGCCGAGUGGACCAGGCUCGCGUCUCCGUCGGCGGGGGGUGGUGAAACCCGCACCCUCGUGCUCCGCGGGCUGCUGUCCCGGCUUCCCGCCUUUGUGGCCGGACGGGACCCCGCCAAAGUGAGGGUCGCGGACGUGACGCUCGUGACGAACCUGAAUGUCUCCGGGCUGGGGGAUCUGGCUGUUGACUUCAAGUAUGCUGCUGGUACAGAGGGAGACUUUACCGUGUUUGGCAGCGGGCCUGUGAAGACCGGAUCGUUGAGCUUGUUUAGGAUUAGCGAGGCGGACGAGCAGUUUAGGGAUUGGGCGCUCAGGGUUAGAAUGAAGGGCGUGGCGGUCGAUGCGAGGUCGAGGAUGUGGUUGAUUGUGAGGUAUCGGUUGUUGAAGCCUACGGCGUGA